UGAUAGAGCAGGGCAGGUGAUACCGGCCAACGGCCGCUGAGGAAGAGGGACCCAGAGCUGACACUGACACAGUGGGCUAUUACCCAGCCUCUGAGCACACACCCACCUAUACACACACACACACACACAUGUGACACCAGCAGGUUAUUCAGACCCGUACAGAGGAGGACCUCAGCCUGGGCGCAGGUGCAAUUAAAACCGCAAACUCCCUGCUGGGACCUCAGAAGUCAGUUGACUUUGUCUCCAGAAAAAUGCAUUUUUGAGUGCAAAGGGAGUGAGCUGAUCCCGGCCAAGAGAGAUAACGGGAGGAUCAUCUGACAUCGUCCUGGUGAACAGAAGUUAAGGACAGACCAAUAAAGGAAGAAAAAGACCUGGGUGUCCAAAAGAGACUGGACAAAGGAGAGGGGAGGCUCUCUUCCGAAGAUGGAACAGACUCCACAGAUUUGUUACAUACAGGUUUCCCCCCAAGACACAGCUGGAGAGUUGCAAAAGAAGGUGUCAGUCAUCAGCCAGCCAGAGUGCUCCAUCUGCUACAACACUUACGACAAUGUCUUCAAAACACCCAAGCUGCUGGAGUGCACCCACAUCUUCUGCCUGGAGUGCCUCUCCCGCCUCAUGGCAGUCUCGCUGUCCGACCAUGAGAGCAACGGCGGCAGCACACACCUCUCAUGCCCCUUCUGCCGCCACCCCACCACACUUCCUGAGGAGGGACCCCCUGCCUUGGCCACCAGCCACGAUGUCCUAUGCAAGCUUCCCCACCAUCAGCAGCAGGAGGAGCAGGUGUGGCUGGAGGAUGGGAAGCUGUGCUACAAAACUCCAAGGCAAAGUCUUGGCUCGGGCGACCCUGACAGUCUCCCGGCCUUCUGCAUCUGCAUUGACGUUGGGGAGAACAAGACGGUGGAUGCUCCGAUACAGACACAGCCCCGGACUUAUGGCCUGCUGGACCGGCUGAUGGACUGGAAGAGGAUGGUGCUCUUCAUUCUGCUCAUGGUGCUGUUUAUUGUCAUUGUGUUGUGGCCAUUGCAGUGUGUGUUCAGCACUGGAAACGUUCGCUGUAUGCAAAAAGCCACCCAAGCCAACCCCACUACCACUACUGCUGCUUUCAACCCAUUCACCAGGUCACCUCGUUCAACAGAGUAAACUUCUUGACUAACUGAACUUCACUGUAACUGUACAUAAUAUUUUAUAUAACACUGAUAUUUUAAAUAUUUGACACUAAAUUUUUGCUGCAUAAUUACAAUUUUGAUAAGUGCACUCGAUCAUUGCUACACUCAACUGUCAACACCUUAGAUUUCUAACUUUCAACAGAGCCACAGAUGUUAAAGCCACUAUGUGUAGGCUUUUUAGAGGUCUGACCUGGUAGCAGACCCCACCAGGGGACACUGAGAUGAAAAGACUGAAAGCAACAAAGACUGCACCGAUUACCAGUGGACAUUUGUGCUAUUAUGUCAUAUACUAUCAGGAUAAUUAGAAUUUAUUUUUGACUAUUUAAAUUAUAAUCACACAAAAAUUCUACACAUAGCAGCUUUAACUCUACAAAGCUGGAAUUGAUCCUUCUCUACAGUAUACAUUACCGGUACUACAUUACUAAACUGUUCAUACAGGCUUGUAAAAGACUGACACAAAAAACACCUGAAAGUGAAAGGAGAUGAACUCUGACAGGCACUGUUAGGUCCAUUUUCCCUAAAAUCAUGUUCAGUGAAACAAAAACAUCGACAGAAACCAAACUUCUGCACUAUAACCAACACCUGCAGUUUGAAAUUAGACACGAUUUUUUUGAUCUACCUGGUUUGAUGAAAUAUUUUGUCCUAUUUGAGCAUCAGAUAACAGAGAACACAAGUGGGUUGAUUUCUUGUUAGUGUCUACUCAACAUUCGGUAGUGUUGUAGAAAGUUGCCGUUUAAUUCAAGCCAAACAGUGGCGUUUAAAAUGCUGACAUUCAUUCAUGACAUGCGAACUAAUUAAAAAAAAAAAAUCGGUUGGCUAAAGAACAACAAAGAGUCAGGAUUCUAGUAACUAAUAAAAGUUCUGUCACAAAAGUGAACGAAUGGAAAUCCAAGUGUGCCAACUGAAAACUUCAUAUAUUGUACAAAUGAUUUGUGUGUUUUGAUAUUUUCUUGUUUACAGAACUGUAACAAGAAAUGUGAGGUAUUAACUCAGAUCAUGUUUCUGGGAAAUAAAACAUUUGUGCACGAUAG